AUGAUCACCAAGAAGCCCAACCGAUUCGUCGCUUUAUACUCCAAGUUGGCGGCUUUUAGCGUAGAGAGUCUCUUCGUCAGGAAGAGACCUCCCGGCCCCAAAAGAACUGUCUUCGUCAACAAGGACAUCCCGCAGGAGUAUUGGGAUCACAAAAAGAAAAAGGUCAAACGAGAGCAUGUCUAUACAUCUAAUCAAGUCAUUACUUCCAAGUACACAAUCCUAACAUUCCUACCACGAAACCUGUUGGAGCAGUUCAGAAGGAUAGCGAAUGUAUUCUUCCUCGGGAUCGCGAUCCUCCAGUUCUUCCCCAAAUUCUCAACAAUCUCCCCUGGUCUGGUUCUACUACCCCUGCUCAUCGUUUUGACUAUCACCGCUGGGAAGGAUGCGUAUGAAGACGUCAAACGUCACCAAUCUGAUCGUCGAGUCAACUACAGCACCAUCCGAGUCCUCCAAGGAGGCGACUGGAGAAAUCAUAACGCUAUGCAGCCGAAGACUAAAACGUUCUUACGAGCCAUUCUUCCGAAACGGUUUAAACAGUCCGACGAGAAACCUAAUACUGGGGAUUUAGAGAAGGCGGAAACUGUCGGACGAGGGUCUACAGCAAAUGCACCUGAAGGUCCAAGGCCUACGAUACCGGAUGACAUCGAGUUUGACGAAAACGAAGUACCACAACACGAUUCGGAGCAGCAUCACCACAGGUUAGGAUUGCUUCAUCAUGACCAUCACAUGAAAACACCUCAUUGGAAGAAGACGCUUUGGGAGGACGUUCGUGUAGGCGAUAUCGUCAAAAUAUAUGACAACGAAUCCAUACCAGCCGACGUUCUUAUCUGUUCGACUUCGGAAGAGGAAAACGAGGCUUAUGUGGAGACCAAGAAUCUUGACGGCGAGACCAACCUCAAAUCUCGUCGCGCUGUUCCUUCUCUCGUUCAUCUGAGCAGUGCCAAAGCAUGCGCGAAGCCGGAAAACCAUUUUCAGGUUGGCUUGGAUAGUCCAGAAAACAACAUGUUCAGGUUGAAUGCUGCCGUACAGCUAGACGGAAGGCAGGAGCCGGCUGAUAUUAGUAUGAUCCUUCUUCGAGGCACGGUGCUGAGGAAUACAGCAUGGAUCAUUGGAGUCGUUCUGUUCACUGGAGAAGACACAAAGAUCGUUCAGAAUUCGGGAGGUACACCUAGUAAACGCAGCAAAGUCGAGCGACAAAUGAAUCCUCAGGUCUUCCUUAACCUGAUUCUUCUUGCUGGAAUGGCUGUGGCUUGCGGAAUUGUGGAUUCGAUUUUGGAACAACGAUACUAUGACCAGGGAGCACCUUGGUUAUUCGGUGCAAACACAAAGGAUGAUAACCCAAAGAUUAACGGUUUAGUCACUUGGGCUUUCGCGCUCAUCACGUUCCAAAAUAUUGUGCCGAUAUCCUUGUACAUUUCCAUCGAGGCUGUACGAACUGUACAGGCUGCGUUCAUCUUUUUCGAUACCAACAUAUAUUACGAGAAGACCAAACAAGCCACUCUCGCGAGAUCUUGGAAUCUUUCUGAUGACUUGGGCCAAAUCGAGUAUAUCUUCUCGGACAAGACGGGUACUCUGACGCAGAAUUCUAUGAUAUUCAGGCAAUGUUCCAUCGGUGGAAGAGUUUACAUAGGCGAACCAGAUACGGAAAAGGAAAGCGAGACCCCGGACGACACCUCUGUAUCCGCUUCAACUCAGUCCCCGCCCACGAACACAAAUCCCACCACGGUGAACAAGCACCCAGUUUUCCGUUCCCCAGAUCUUGUAACCGACAUUCGAGAAUCCCUCAACACAAAACCCGAUUCCCUAUCCGCGACUCACGCUCGGAUGUUGAACGGGUUUUUUACGGUUCUCGGGUUGUGUCAUACGGUGUUGACGUCGGAGGAUAAAGAGACGGGGAAGAUCGAAUACAAAGCUCAGUCUCCCGAUGAGGCUGCGCUAGUAAGAGCUGCUGCUGAUGCUGGUUAUGCAUUUCGAGGGAGAGAUCGGGAGAUUCUAUAUCUGCAGACGCCAAUGUCGGAGGAACAAUAUCAGCAGCGUUCGCGUUCGCAUCCGGGCUCUGAGUCUGGGAUUUCAAGCAAGAACGAUCGUUAUGAGAAGUAUGAGCUGUUGAAUAUCCUCGAGUUCACCAGUACAAGGAAGAGGAUGUCGGUGGUCGUUCGAAAGUUGGAUCAAGAGGAAAACAGGGUGUUUUUGUUGAUGAAGGGAGCUGAUAAUGUCAUUUUUGAGAGGUUGAAGCCUGGUGUUGAUGUUUCCUUGCGAGAGCAAACGGAAAUGCACCUCAGCGAGUUUGCGAGUAAUGGGUUGAGGACGUUGACGUUGGCGUAUAAGAUUAUUCCGGAUGAGGAGUACGAGUUGUGGACUGAGAAGUAUCAUGAGGCUUCUGUUUCGUUGGACAAUCGAGAGGAGAAGGUGGAGGCAGUGGCGGAGGAGUUGGAGAGGGAUGUGAGACUUCUGGGGGCUACGGCUAUUGAGGAUAGUUUGCAGGAUGGGGUACCGGAGACCAUACAUGACCUAAAGAGGGCGGGGAUCAAGAUCUGGGUGGCUACGGGAGAUAAGUUGGAGACUGCUAUUGCCAUCGGACACAGCACGAACCUUAUAGGUCGAGAAUCCAACAUCAUCGUGAUCCGUGGAGGAGAAGACGGUGCUAGGACGGUGUAUGAGCAGAUGAUAAAAGCUGCAGAAGAUUUUUUCCCGGAAACCAGUAUCUUACAAGAGCACGACGAGAUGUUUGGAACAGAAAAUUCUCAUCAGGACGUUGCGCCCGGAGACCAUCAUCAUCAACAACGACGUCACUCUCUAAGGCGCUUGGAGACUGGUGUCAGUUCCAUCGUUGGUUCUAAUAAUGGUGAUCGUCCUGGAGGUUUCAUUCUUGUUAUUGAUGGUGCUGCGUUGACACAUGCUCUUAGUGACGAUAUACAUAAGGAUCUCAUACUUCGCCUGGCUAUGCACUGUGAAGGCGUGAUAUGUUGCAGGGUGUCGCCUCUUCAGAAAGCACUCGUCGUCCGACUAGUCAAGGAUGGACUUGGGGCUAUGACUUUGGCAAUCGGAGAUGGUGCCAACGAUGUCAGCAUGAUUCAGGCUGCUGAUGUAGGCGUGGGGAUUUCUGGUGAAGAGGGACUACAAGCUGUCAAUGCUUCGGAUUACGCAAUCGCCCAGUUUCGAUUCUUGAAAAGGCUCAUCUUGGUGCAUGGGCAUUGGUCCUACGCUCGCAACGGCAACAUGAUCCUGAACUUCUUCUACAAGAAUAUCGUUUGUAUCGGUGUCUUGUGGUGGUUCCAAAUCUAUUGUGGUUGGAGUUCGGCGUAUGCCUUUGAGUACACCUACCUGCUAUUUUGGAACUCCUUCUGGACUAUAGCUCCUCCGAUCGCUAUCGGAAUUUUUGAUCGGAUAGUUGAUGAUCAUGUACUCAUGGAUCUUCCUGAGCUUUAUCGGUUUGGAAGGGAAAGUCGAUGGUUUGGUAUGAAAUGGUUUGUCUUGUAUGUCCUUGACGCCGUAUACCAGUCUGCUGUUGUCUUCUUUUUCAUCAAGUACACAUACAUGACGCCCACCACUCGGCUUGACGGAUAUGGGAUCAACUUGAUUGAGAUGACUACUCCGAUGGUAUUCGCAGCAGUUACAGCCGCCGAUCUGUUCAACGGUAUGAAUACGAACGUGUGGACUAGCUGGGUGUUCUUUGCUGUUUUCAUCGGGAUAAUCUUACUCUGGGCCUACACCCCGAUAUACGCCCUGAUCUCACCAGGAUGGUUUGCAACCCCCGUCUUCGGGAAUUACGAUAUCCUGUUCACCUCCGCGUAUUUCUACCUCACCAUACCGAUCACCGUCUGCCUCGCUCUGCUCCCAAGGUUCUCUGCCAAAGCGUACAAGUUCAUUUGGAAGCCGGAUGACAUCGAUAUCAUGCGUUGGGCACGGAAAGUGGAUCCACACAAAUCUGAUUACUCCAAGGAUGUCUUCAUGAGUGGGUUGGAAGGAAUGAGAGGACACAGACGGUCAUAUGGUCACGGUGCCCGAGAAGCUUCUGACGCACAUUCACGAAGAUCCGUAGACAGCCUCGCUUCCAAUCCUCCUCAUUCGCAUUCGCAUUCCCAUUCGAGGCCCGCCCUUCUUCCUCAUCAGUCAUCCGUGUCUGUCUCUGCUAGCAGAACGGACAUGUCGACCGGUAUACGGUCUGUCCAUCGCGGAUUUGACUUUCACACGGAGGAAGGUGGAGUUUCGAUGCGGAGGAUGCAAAGUAAUUUGUCGAGUAGGAGAAAUCUUUCACAGAUUCCGGGACAGUCACAGUCUAGUCGGCCGGAGAGACCGAGAAGUAAGGGGGAAGGGAUUGGGAGGGUGCUUUCGGCGUCCAAGUCGUUAUUGAAACGGAAACCACAUCAUCCUCCUUCAUGA